CAUUUAUAUGCAGAUGAGCAUGUCGCAUUAAGAAUCAAAAUAAUGUAUACUUAUAGCGUUGGAGCUUUGUCAGAAAUUUCCGAAUUGCUGCACCAAUUUAAACUUCAUGUUCAACAAACUCUUAUGUUUUGCUUUCCACUUAUUUAAACAAAAUGGAAGAAGCAUUAUUAACACCUCCAACUUUUAAAUUAAAUUUUCCAAAACAAGUUCAAUGUGUCGAAUGGUCCCCUUAUGAAUGGUCUCAAAAUUUAAUUUGUAUUGCUUUAGGACAAGAAAUAUUUAUUGCUACCAUUAAAUUUCAAGAAGAGGAUGAUGUUGUAGAAGAUAUUAUUUAUAAUCUUCUACGAACGUUUCAUCAUGAGACAAGAGUACAUGCAAUUGCAUGGAGUCCAAAGACGUCCUUAAGCAUUGUACCUAAAAUUUUAUCAUUUUGUAUUGCUGGAGCAGAUUUUAAAAUUAGACUGUAUAAUAGUGAUUUGAAUGAAAGUCAUGAGUUUGAGGUACUAGAGGGUCAUAAAGAUUAUGUAAAUGAUAUUUCUUUUGAUCCAGAAGGCAAGUACCUAGCAUCUGUUUCAGAUGAUCAUACAUGUAAACUUUGGGCAAUUAAUGAAAAUAAAAAAUGCUUCUUAAUGUUUCCUUUAACUUCUGCGGGUGUAAAUGUAUGUUGGCAUGCUGAAGAAGAGGGAAAGCUUCUAGUUGCUGAAAAAAAUGGUAUAAUACAUAUGUAUAAUGUAACGAGUGAACGUGCUAUAAUGUCUGUAGAUGCCGGAACAAUUCCAUUAUCAACAGCAGACUGGGGAUUGAACCCUCUAAAAGUGGCUUGUAUUGCUUCAGGUGAACUUAUUACAUGGGAUAUGUCAAGACCUAGUCGGCCGUUGGAAACGCGGACUCUUCAUAUCGAAGGUGGUACCAUAAUGAAAUUUUCACCCUCUAACGAAAAUCUUGUAGCUAGUAUAGGUAGACCAGAUAAUAUCUUAAAAAUUACGAAUUUAAAGACUAAACCAUCAGUUUUAUGUGGACGUGUUCAAUUAUUUGGUGGAUUAAGUUGGCAUCAAAGAAUACAAAUAGUGUGUGCUGGUAGCGAUAGACAAUUGUUAUUUUGGAAAGUGAAUAAUAAAUAAUAUAUUUUUUAAAUUACUUUUAUAUAAAAACUUAUGUAUG